CAAUUGUUUGACCAAAUAAUUUUCAUUUGUUGAUUCUAAUGGGAAGGAAGAUUCGCAGGAAUAAAAAAUCCAAAUAGAGAAAAUACUACUUUAAUAGUCACCUCAGCCUCCAACACCAAACCAUGCAAUUGCUGCUCCAACAUUAUUACUCAACAUUGUUUGUGACCUUUCAUCUCUCUCUCUCUCUCUCUUUGGACUUUUAUCAAAUACUUACCUUGCAACCUGCAACCUGUAGCUGGCAACGAACUCCUCUUCGAAUUCAUGAGAAACUUUCGGUGUUGCUGAGUGUUUCUGUUUUCUGCCAUGGAUCCAAACCGCGUUAGGAACACCGAUUACAUAAACGCCUACGGAUUCGGCGACUAUGGUGGUGCUUUGCUUUCAGAUUUCAACGAUUGGGAUCUACACAGACAAUACAAUCACCCUUUCGAUUUAACUCCAAGUAAUGCUUUUGAUCGGUUUGACGCCGACACAUUUGGCUUGCAUGCACAUGCGGUUUCGAAUUCCGGAAGCUCGGAGCCGUUUGUUCCACCCUCUUCCGCGAGCCGUGUGGAAAAAUCCAUGCCGGGUUCAGCUUUUGGGGCUGUGGCUUCUAUGCCGGAUCCUUCCGUGGAAGACACGGACUUUUCUGAAACGGUGAGGUACAUAAGCCAGAUUUUGUUGGAAGAGAAUUUUGAGGAUAAGCCUUGCAUGUGCUAUAAUCCUCUUAGCCUGCAAGAUACUGAGAAAUCGUUCUAUGAUGCCCUCAAUCAAGAAUUUCCCCUUUCCCCUAAUGAGCACCCUCUUGAUAUUCAUCAGAAUCUGGAGAGUCCUGAUGGUGUUAGUGCUGGAAGCUUCCCCACUGGUUCUUCUGGAGGUUGCAGCAAUAGCAACAGCAGUAGCACUAGCACUAGCAGUAGUGAGAACCAUUUAAGUUCUCAUGACUUCAAGACCCUUUCUCCAGAUACUCCUGUUUCCGGUGAUAGUUCUUUGCAGUUUGAUUCUCAUUCGCAUUUGAUUUCGCAUGUGCCUUCUCAGCUUCACCUUCCUCAACAUGCUUUGACUAGUAUUGGUGAUGGGGUGUUUGAUUUGGAUCCUUCUGCAACGAAGCUCUUGGCUCAGAAUAUCUUUAGUAAUGCUGACUCUAUCUUGCAGUUCAAAAGAGGGUUGGAGGAAGCCAGUAAAUUUCUUCCCCCUGGGCCAAGGCUUUCCACUGGCCUGGAGAGCAGUAGCAUGCAUGCAGAAGAGUCAAAGAGAAGGGUGGAGAAGGCUGCAGUGCCAGUGAUGGUGGAGAAUGAUGCUAAGGAGAGAUCAAACAGAGUUGUUGCUGGGCCAUAUCACAUAGUUCCAGCAACAACAAAAGCUGCAAAAAAUACAGCAGCGAGGAGUCUGGAUGGGGUGAAGAGUAGGAAGCAUCAUGCUCGCCAGGGCGAUGAUGGUGAAGAAGAAAGAUGCAACAAGCAAUCUGCGGUUAGUGUUGAGGAAGAAAAUGAAAUAUCUGAAAUGUUUGACAAGGUGCUGCUUAGUGUUGAAAAUGUCCCACUGUCUGCUGAACAGCAGGGUGGAUUGGUUGUGGAUACACAACUAAUUGAACAACCACAUUCAUCCGAGGGAGGGAGGAGUCGAUCCAAGAAAAAAGGCAGGAAGAAAGAAACUGUGGAUUUGAGAACUCUUUUGGUUCUGUGUGCCCAAGCUGUGUCUGCCAAUGACCAAAGGACUGCUAAUGAACUACUAAAGCAGAUCAGACAGCAUUCCUUGCCCUUCGGCGAUGCAUAUCAGAGGCUGGCUCGUUACUUUGCCGAUGGCCUGGAGGCACGCAUGGCUGGCACUGGCCCUGGAAUUCAUAUAUUCUAUGCCUCUCUCAGCUACAAGAAGUUCAGUGCUGCUGAUUUUCUCAAGGCCUACCAAGUUUUUAUAUCUGCUUGCCCUUUCAAGAAAUUUGCACAUUUCUUUUCAAAUAAGAUGAUUUUGAACAUAGCUGAAAAGGCAGAAACUCUUCAUAUUGUUGAUUUCGGUAUCCUGUAUGGUUUCCAGUGGCCAAUACUUAUCAAAUUUCUAGCCAAGAGAGAUGGAGGGCCUCCCAAGCUGCGGAUCACAGGAAUUGAGUAUCCCCAAGCUGGAUUUCGUCCCACAGAAAGAAUUGAGGAGAGUGGACGUCGUCUAGCUAAAUAUUGCAAGCUUUUCAAUGUUCCCUUUGAGUACAAAGCCAUAGCAUCAAGACACUGGGAAACCAUUCAGAUUGAAGACCUUAACAUCAAGGACAAUGAGGUAGUUGCUGUGAACUGUCUGGUAAGGUUCAAGAAUUUACUCGAGGAGACGGUUGAAGUGAACAGUCCUAGAAAUGCAGUUUUGAAUUUAAUCAGGAGGAUAAACCCAGCUAUUUUUGCUCACACAGUCGUAAAUGGUUCUUAUAAUGCCCCUUUCUUCCUCACACGCUUUCGGGAAGCACUGUUCCAUUAUUCUGCAAUUUACGAUAUGUUUGAUACUCUCAUACCCCGAAACAAUGCAUGGAGGUCGAUGCUUGAGAGAGAGUUUUUGGGUCGGGAGAUCAUGAAUGUUGUAGCAUGUGAAGGUCUAGAAAGGGUUGAGAGGCCUGAAACAUACAAGCAGUGGCAGGCUAGGAAUUCAAGAGCUGGUUUUAGGCAGCUACCACUGGAUAAGGCGUUAAUGUCCAAAUUUAGGAGCAAGUUAAAGGAAUGGUACCAACACCACAAAGAUUUUGUUUUUGAUGAAGACAACAACUGGAUGCUUCAAGGUUGGAAGGGCCGGAUUUUGUAUGCCUCCUCCUGUUGGGUGCCAGCAUGAGAAUUAUUCUUAUUCAAUAUGCUUUCUACCAAUCCUUAUCUAGAAAAUUUCCCUGGUCAUCUGCAACCAAUAAUGAAUGGUUUUCAUUCAUCAUCUUCAUCUUCUUCCGGAACCAUCUCAAGUGGAGAUUCCACUGAGUCUAGUAAAUAUUCCAAUAACAUCCUCAGAUACAUAAGUGACAUCCUCAUGGACGAGGAAGAUGACUUGGAGAACAAACCCUGUAUGUUGCAACAGUGUUUGAGGCUCCAAGCUGCUGAAAAAUCAUUCUCUGAGGUGCUUGGAAAUUCAUCAAAUUCUCCACCAUCUCAAGGCUGCGAUGAAAGCAACCAAGAUGGUGAUUACUGUCGCAGCACAAGCUUCGAAAGCUAUAGCAGCUUUAACACUGAUAAUAGCUCUUAUGAGUUUGAUUGGGUCAAUCUUGUUGGCGAGUAUGAAUCUUCUUUGCUACAAGCCUCUCUUCUUGGUGGAUCUUAUGGAACUCACUACCAGAACAUGGUUCCAUUGAUCAACAAUGAAGAAGGAUCUAGUCCUGGAACAAGGGAAAAGAGAAGCUAUCAGGUUGAUGAUGACGCUUCAUAUGAACAAGGCCGAAGAGGAAACAAGAUCUCAGCUACUGUUUUCUCCGACGAGUCAGAACCACCGGAGAUUCUUUAUGAAGUGCUGCGUAUCCCGUAUGGAAGAAGUAAAAAAUAUUGUUGUGUUGAGCCGUUAUCAAAAAAUGACAUGCUGAAGAUGCAGAAUGUUGGAUCCAAUUCCAAGACAGGACGUUCAAAGAACAGAAACAGCAACACAGAUGCAACUGUGGAUUUAUGGACUCUGCUAACUCAAUGUGCACAAGCAGUGGCAGACUAUGAUAAGAGGAAUGCAUACGAUACACUCAAGCAGAUUAGGCAGCAUUCUUCACCGUCCGGCGAUGGACUCCAGCGUAUGGCGCAUUACUUCGCCAUUGGCCUCGAGACACGGUUGAAUGCCGGAACACCGUCAUAUCCUCCCCUUGAUAUGGCUUCUGCUGCAGAUAUGUUGAAAGCUUACAAACUCUACGUUACAGCUUCGCCUUUGCAGUGGAUGACAAAUAAAUUGGCAACCCAAACAAUCAAGAACCUGGUUCAGAAUGAAAGCCGCGUUCACAUUAUUGACUUUGGAAUUAGCUAUGGUUUCCAGUGGCCCUGCCUUAUCAAGUAUAUGUCAGAGAGAAACGGGGCUAUAAAGCUUCGUAUAACCGGAAUUGAUCUUCCUCAGCCGGGUUUCCGGCCGACGGAAAGGGUCGAGGAGACCGGAAGACGGUUGGAGACUUUGUGUAAGAGGUACAAGGUGCCUUUCGAAUACAACUGCAUUGCACAGAAAUGGGAAACAAUUAGGGUUGAGGAUCUUAAGAUAGAUAGGGAUGAAGUGACCGUUGUUAACUGCUUCUACAGGCUGAAAAACCUGCCUGAUGAAACUGUGUCAGUGAACAGUCCAAGAGAUGCAGUGCUGAAGCUGAUGAGGAGGAUUAAUCCAAAGAUCUUCCUGCAUGGGGUAGUCAAUGGCUCUUAUAGUGCACCGUUUUUCCCGACUCGGUUCAGGGAGGCUCUGUUCCACUUCUCAUCACAGUUUAAUAUGUUUGAAGCUAAUUGCCCCCGCGAAGAUGCAGAAAGGAUGAUGCUUGAGAAAGGGAUGAUUGGAAGGGAUGCUAUCAAUGUGAUAGCUUGUGAGGGAGCAGAGAGAGUUGAAAGGCCAGAGAGCUACAAGCGAUGGCAGAUUAGGAACAAGAGAGCAGGAUUCAAGCAAAUUCGGGUGGAUCAGGAAUUGGUGAAUGAAAUCAAGGGAAUGGUGAAGAAUGAGUAUCAUAGAGAUUUUGUGGUUGACCAGGAUGGCAACUGGGUUUUGCAUGGCUGGAAAGGUCGUAUUUUUCAUGCUCUCUCUGUUUGGGUUCCUGCAUAAGCAGAAAGCAGUUACCUUCAAUUCAAUAUGCUUUCUACCAACCCUCAUCUAGAAAAUUUCUCUGGUCAUGUCUCACUGUUUUCUAAUCAGGAACCAAUAAUGAAUGGUUUUCACUGUGAGAGUUCAUCAUAUUCACCUGGAACCAGUUCAAGUGAAGAUUCUGCUGAGUAUAAUAAAUAUUCCAACCCCAUCCUCAGAUACAUAAGUGACAUCCUCAUGGAGGAGGAAGAUGACUUGGAGAACAAACCCUGUAUGUUGCAGCAGUGUUUGAAGCUCCAAGCUGCUGAAAAAUCAUUCUCUGAAGUGCUUGGAAAUUCAUCAAAUUCUGUACCCUCUCAAGGCUGUGAUGAAAACAACCGAGAUGGUGAUUAUGGUCGGACCACCAGCUUCGAGAGCUAUAGCAGCUGCACCACUGAUAAUAACUCUUAUGAGUCUGAUUGGGUCAAUCUUGUUGGUGAAUAUGAAUCUUCUUUGCUACAAGCCCCUGAUAAUGACUCUUAUGAGUCAGAUUGGCUCAAUCUUCUUGACUCCCCAAAUGAUGGAUCUUCUGAAAUUCACUACCAGAACAUGGUACUACUGACAAACAAUGAAGAGGGAUCUCGAUCUGGAACAACAGGAACAAGGGAAAAGAGAAGUAUUCAGGUUGAUGAUGAUACUUCUUAUGAACAAGGUCGAAGAGGAAGCAAGAUCUCAGCUGUUUUCUCUGAUGAGUCAGAGCCACCAGAGAUUCUUGAUGAAGUGCUGCGUGUUCAGAUUGGAAGAAGUCAAUGUUUAUCUGGUGUUGAACCCUUACCAGAGAAUGAGAUGCUGAAGAGGCAGAAUGUUGACUCAGUUGGAUCCAGUGGAAAGACGGCAAGAUCGAAGAAAGGAAGCAGCAGAAAUAGCAACACAGGUGCCACUGUGGAUUUAUGGAGUCUGCUAACUCAGUGUGCACAAGCAGUGGCAAACUAUGAUCAGAGGAAUGCAUAUGAUACACUCAAGCAGAUUAGGCAACAUUCUUCACCAGCUGGGGAUGGAAUGCAGCGUAUGGCGCAUUACUUCGCCAUUGGCCUUGAGACACGGUUGAAUGCCGGAACACCUUCAUAUCUUCCCCUUGAUAUGGCAUCUGCUGCUGAUAUGUUGAAAGCUCACAAACUAUAUGUGACAGCUUCUCCUUUGCAGAGGAUGACAAAUACAUUUGCAACCCAAACAAUCAUGAACCUAGUACAGAAUGAAAGCUGUGUUCACAUUAUUGACUUUGGAAUUUGCUAUGGUUUCCAGUGGCCCUGCCUUAUCAAGCGUCUGUCGCAGAGAAAUGCGCCUAUAAAGCUUCGUAUAACCGGAAUUGAUCUUCCUCAGCCGGGUUUCCGGCCGGCAGAAAGGCUCGAGGAGACUGGUAGACGCCUGGAGAAUUACUGUAAGAGGCACAAUGUGCCUUUCGAAUACAACUGCAUUGCACAGAAAUGGGAAACAAUCAGGCUUGAGGAUCUUAAAAUAGACAGGAAUGAAGUGACAGUGGUUAACUGCUUUUACAGGCUGAAAAACCUGCCGGAUGAAACUGUGUUAGUAAACAGUCCAAGAGAUGCAGUGUUGAAGCUGAUCAGGAGCAUUAAUCCAAACAUCUUCCUGCAUGGGGUAGUCAAUGGCUCUUAUAGCGCGCCGUUUUUCCUGACACGGUUCAGGGAGGCGCUCUUCCACUUCUCGUCACAAUUUGAUAUGUUUGAGGCUAAUGUCCCCCGCGAAGAUGUAGAAAGGAUGAUACUUGAGAAAGGGUUGAUUGGAAGGGAUGCUAUCAAUGUGAUAGCUUGUGAGGGAGCAGAGAGAGUUGAAAGGCCAGAGACCUACAAGCAAUGGCAGAUUAGGAACAAGAGAGCAGGCUUCAAGCAAAUUCGGGUGGAUCAGGAAUUGGUGAAUGAAAUCAAGGGAAUGUUGAAGAAAGAGUAUCAUAGAGAUUUUGUGGUUGACCAGGAUGGCAAGUGGGUUUUGCAGGGCUGGAAAGGCCGUAUUCUUCAUGCUCUCUCUGCUUGGGUUCCUGCUUAAGCACUUAGUAACUUAGUGUUGUAAUGAGAUUUUACAUUAGGCCGGUUGAAACAAUACCAUAAAAGUUCUGUUGUAAUAUUUUCUUCCUCUAUGAUUGUAAAUAUCUAGAUAUUGAUGUUUAAUUCUCUUCUUACUGAUAUUAACAUGGGAAUCACAUUCCCAUUGUUAUUUUA